GGAGUCGUAUAAUGAACUUAUGUAGCUGUCUUAAUUUGUGAAUGAGUUAUACCCCCCACACUUAUACAUGUGAAGUUUGGCGGAUAUACAUGUAAAAAAAACAUCUGAGUUAUCAUCCGACUUCGACUUAGGGGCAACGAAGUGUCAAACAGAAGCAAAGGGACUUCUUACUUCAGGAAAAGAGGCCCCUCACCCCCACUGUGCAGCAUGACCGCUCCAUCUUCAGGUCGGAAGACCCCAGUGGACUAUGGUGUCCAGAUUCGCUUCAUCAAGGAUCUCGAUGACUCUGGUGGGGGGCAACCUGGGUCCCAGCCCCGGACCAAGACCCAAACCACCUCCAAAUAUGGAGUGGCAGUCAGGGUGCAGGGAAUUGCUGGUCAGCCCUAUGUGGUCCUGAAGGAUGGAGGAAAGAAGGGAGACUCGUAUGGGGUCCAGCUAAAGACCCAGUACCCCUCUGGUUACAGUAGUCUUCCUCGGAGGAGAGAUAGGGCGGAUUCAGGAGGAGAAGGAGGAGAUAUCACAGGGGCAGGAGGGCAGGGAGGGGCCCUACGCAGGGCCCAGUCCCAUGGCUCACUGCUGGAUAGGGAGGGAGAGGGAGGCACAGGCGCAGCAGGUGAGGAGUUCCAGCUGCGCAGGCCACCAGGAGAUGGGAGGUCCGGUAGCUAUGGGAAUCUAGAUGGAGGGAUAGGAAUUGGGGUGGAAAGAGAGCAGGCUCGGGGUGUAGGUGUGAGAGACGGGGGCGUGGAAAGGAACAUGUGGGAUGGUUCGUAUCAGGCAGGGCUCAACGGCUCACUGGGAAGAACGAGGGGGAAUCAGUCCUUCCCUGACACUCCUCAGACAGAUGAGCUUCACUCCACUCAGAGACAGACUCCUGUCAACAGACUGAUAAACAGGUUCGAUGAUGGAGCCCAACAGGGAAGGCACACUCCUGUGCCAGAGAACCCCAGAGAUGCCUCCCCUCUCCUCACCCCCAACCCCUACUCCUCCACCCCCUCCUCAACACACAGCAGCUUGGGAAGAAGCCAUGGCUCUGUCACCAAAACUACCGGUCACACCGCUAGCCAAUGGACUUCACCAGAGAGAUACGUCGCUGUGGAGAUGCAUGCAGCCAAUCAGACAGAGGCACGAGUGACCCCCGACCUUUUGCUGGACCAGGGUCAGAGUUCAGAGAUGAGCAACGAAGAGGAGCAGCUGAUGCAGGCCAUUUACAGCAUCUUGAGAGAAGGGACCAAUGAGAGUGAUGCAGUCAUCAAGCACAAAGUCAAGGUCAUCUUACAGAGGAUUCAAAGCCUAAAGGUCAAAGAAAGUCCCAGGGAGGAGUGGAUGAGAGAAAAGAGGGAACUUGAGGGAAAGGUGACUACGCUACUGGCUGCCCUACAGGAAGGGGACUCCGGUGGCAAGUCAGAUCCUGCUCUGAAAACUGAGUUGGAGUCGUGUCUGGAUGAAAACCUGCAGCUCCAGGAGAUGCUGGACCGGAAGAAGAAGGAAUUACACCAAACACAAUCCGAGCUGACUCAGCUGUGUAUGGAUAGGGAGAACGCAGAGGCACGAGUCAGAGAGAUGGAGGACCAGCUGGCUGAGCUUCAGGAUGAACUGAGGAGAGAAAGCAGCGGCAAGACGGAGCUGGUGUCCUGUCAGGCGGAGCUGUCUGAGGUUUGUCAGCUGAAACAGAGGCUGGAGGAGACGCUGAGACAGAGAGAGAGGGAGCUCACUGCUCUGAAGGGAGCUCUGAAGGAAGAGGUGGCCACACAUGACAAAGAGAUAGAGGCACUUCGAGAACAGUACAGCAGAGACAUGGAGAGGCUUCGGAGCAGCAUGGAGCAGGUGUCUCAGUCUCAGGCAGGUAUUGAGGCAGAGCGAUUGCGUGUGAACGCCUCAGUUCGCUCCCUGCAGCAGCAGCUGGAAGACUGCAGAGACGAGAGCAGCCACUGGAUGGAACAGUUUCACACCACCAGAGACGAACUGCGAACCACCAAACAGGAAGAGGCAUCCAGCAGCCCUGAAACACUAUUGCUGCAAACUCGUUUGGAGAAAGAGGAAUUUGAGGAGGAACUGAAAGAGCUGCAGGAGAAAGUGAACACCAUGAAACAGCAGCUACCUGACCCCAGCCACACACAAACUCUCAACAAGGAGCUCCAGCGGUCCCAUGCUGAUCUGCAGAAAGUCCAGUCUGAGGUGGAAAAGCACAGGACAGAGUUUGAUAAGAAGGUCAUGGAGGUCAUCUCAUUAAAAAAGUCUCACCAAGAGCAGGAGGCAGAGCUUAGGUAUGAGAUUGACAGGCUAAAGGACCAAUUACAGAGAACCAAAGAGGACUUUAACAAGGCACAGGAGAAAAAUAAACAGCUCCCAGACCCAGUUGUCAUCUCAGAGCUAGAGCAGAAGCUUAGUGAGGCACUUAACGAAGUGAGUCGUCUCAAAGAGAAACUUUCAUCAGCUGAGGAGGAUCGAGACACCAGUAAAGCAAAUCUUAGCAGAGCUCAAAUGGACCUAAAGUCUCUACAGGAUACCCAGCAGGAGCAGGAGGAGGCUAACACUCGUCUCAGAGAGAAACUCUCACGUUUAGAGGCCCAGCUGCAGACCAAUGCCACAGAGAGCUCAGAGGCAGAGCUUGCCCUCCACACUGAGAUGAGAGGACUGAGGUCUGAACUGGAUGAGGCCAAGAGAAGAGCCUCUCGACUGGUGCAGGAGCACCGUGAUCUCAGUCUGCGUCUGGAGGACAGGGAGAAAGAGAAAGAGACACUGACACAGCUCAACAACCAGCUGGAAGACACAAAACGACAACAUGAAAGAGCUUUAGAGAAACUCAACAAGGAGUAUGAGUCUCUGUCAGCCUCCUCCAGACAGGAGGUGCAGGCUCUAAGGGUUCAGCUGGAGGAGCAGAGGGACAGAGCACGCAAGGAGACACAGGAGGCCCAGCGCCAUGGCAACGAUGCUCAGGCUGAGCUGGAAAGGAGCCAUAUAAACCUUAGGAGACUGGAGGAAGAGAUCUCCCGUCAGAAGAAGGAGCUCCUUCUUGUAUGUGAGGAGAGAGAUAACCACCAGCUGGAUAAAGAGCUUCUGACCAACAGGCUGCGCCACCUAGAGGGAGAGCUAGAGACCAGCAAAAACAGCCACAGCGAAAAGGUCCGGGAGAACCGCAGCCUGGAGGACAAACUGAAGCGUGUGGAGUUGGAGCUGGAGGAGGAGAAAAGCAGUGUGGAGAUGCUGACAGACAGAUUGACCCGCAGCAGAGACCAGAUCGAUCAGCUGCGCUCUGAGCUCAUGCAGGAGAGGUCCUCCAAACAGGACCUGGAGCUGGAUAAGAACGCCCUGGAGAGACAUAUGAAGGAGCUGAGGAGUCGUGUUGCUGACAUGGAGGGACAGUCUCGCUCGUCUGCAGGAGUCUCUCAGCUGGAGAACAAGAUCCAGGAGCUGGAGGAACGUCUGCACAGUGAGGAGAGAGAAAAGAACUCUAUAUUGGGGUCACAGCGUCGCCUUGAGAGGAAACUAAAAGAACUUAACAUGGCAUUGGAUGAGGAGAGACAGCAGCACACUGAACAAAGAGACCAGCUGAUUCUGAGAGUGAAGGCUCUGAAGAGGCAGGUGGAUGAAGGGGAGACAGAGGUCGACAGGAUAGAUGGACUGAGGAGAAAGGCUCAGAGGGAGAUGGAAGAGCAGAUGGAGCUCAAAGAGGCCUCGCAGGCCAGAGUCACAGCGCUGGAGACUGAGCUCAAGAGGAAGACCCAGGCAGCGAUGCGCCCAGUAUUAGACUCGUCGGCCCUGAGCUCAGAGGAUGAUGAUGACACCCUGUAUGAUCCCUCCACCAUCACCUCCAUCCUCACCGAGAGCAACCUCCAGACCAGCUCCUGUUAGAACAGCAGCUCCCGGGGAGAGGAUAACGGUGGGACACGACUUAGCACUGCAGACAAACAUAUAGGGCGAUGGAUGGGUUAGCUGCUUAGGUAGACAGGGAAACAAGCCAAAAGGGAGGCUGGUAUGCACUACAGACAAAGAGGGGAGGGUACGAGAGCCUGGGGACUUCACUCACAUGCUGUACAGGUUAAUAGGGCCACCAUUUUCUAAGCAGUAGAGUGAAUGGGAGGAAAUAAAGCAUCCCUGGCAGUAGCAGGCCAUUUCCUCAUUUUCCUUAGCACUACAAUGUACACAAAUGUACUCCACAGCCCAUUGUGUACUUGCAGUACACUACUAAACACAAGGCACUACAUUUCAGAUCACUGGUACUUCUUUUGUGUGGUACAGCAGCCCAGUAGCACACAGAUAUAAAGUCAGUAACUGGAUUUAAGGAGAGAAAGGGACUGAAGCCUAGAUAAAAUCAAUUAGAUAUACCUCUUGUGUGUACUGGUACAAAUAUGUCAAAAUAAGUCAGAGCUGAGACUUUAGUUUUAAGCACUUACUUUACUGACGCUGUCUCUGUCAUUGACUGAAUAAUGGAAAUUACUUCCAUCAUGGACAGAUGUUUGCAGUUUAGCUUCUAGACUGUGACGGCGUCAGCUUUCCCUUGUAGCACAGGCCUCUGCUGACUGAACUGACGUAUUCUGCAGUGAUAUGUACAGCUAAUGUUUAGCUUGAAUCUGAACUCCACUGUGGACAUAAAUCAACUUAGGAUAUGCAACUGACCGUGAACCCUCUGUAAUAAAACUACUUAAAAACACGGACCAAAUGCUGAUGUAAGCAUGUGCAUGAUAAGAGUAGAAUGGAGACACUACCAGCAAUACAACAACACUGAAAAAUCAGUUUAGCACCAUUGUGAUCAAAAAGUUUUAUGCUGUUUUUCUUAAAAUUGAUAACCUAAUAGUUUAUCUGCUGAGACAAAUUUUUACAGAACAUAUGCUGGAUUUUGUAUACUUGUGUGUUAUAUUUUCAUGUUGUCUAUCAAGUCUGCUUUGCGGGGGAAUUCCACAGAAUUUUAUCUGAAAUGUGUUACUCCUGCGCUCUGGGGUAAUUUGAGACAGGAAUUCACUCCACUUGGCAUUCCUCUCUGUAAUGUCACAUGGUAGAUAGUUCAGGAGAGAAUAAAUUAGGAAAUAUGGGAAAUGAUGACAGCAACAAUAUCCAGAGUGGGUGGAUUUCCUGCACAGUGACAUGCUCAACUUCUGAAUAACCACAUGAUAUUGACAAACACUGUAUCUGUGAUAGAAAUAUCAUCUCGAUGAGGGAGUACACCAAAACAAGUAUUCCAUUCAUUAUCUCUGGAGCAGUUUCCAGUUAAAUUUAUGACAUUUACUGUAGGUGUGACAGUCUUCGUUUUGUGGUUUCUAGCUUUAGGGAGAGCAGCUCCUCCUCAGAACUACCCUUAACUGUAAGAAUGAUCUUUUUCUUUAAUUUUCUUUCUGAGUUGUUUUCUCCCUGUAAAGCAACACUUUGGCCAAACUACACUGCUGUCUUACAUAAACUUUACAGCUGUAUUUGUAGAUGCUGCACAACUUCUAUGCAUUCCUUUAAAGUGAUUCACUGAAACUUGUAAUUUCAUUUCAUUACUUUGCCUUAAAAUUGUUUUAAAAAAAAAAAAAAAAAACAACUGUAAUUGACAUGUUGUUCUUAUGUGCAUACCUCUGAAUGAUCUGUAAAAUAUUUCUAUUUAAUGUCAGUAGUUUUUCAGUAGUCCUGAGUAAAUUUUGCAUACCUUUUGAACAAUCAUUAGGAGUCAUUACUGUUUCACAUUUUGCUGCAAUGCAGUGGUCACCUCAUCUCCUGUAGGAAGUGAACUGAAAAGCUGUUGAUGGCGUAAUGUGAUUUAUUGGACUGUUGAGUAUAUCGAGUUAAUGGUACGUACUGUAAUCACCAACUGGAAUCAUUUCACACUGUGAAUGUUUACUUCACAACACAUAGUAGAUUUUUCUUUUUCUACCGCAUACAAUUUACGUAUUUUAGCAACAAUAAAACUAUAUUUGACCUCA